AUGGUGCGUCGAUCGGGCCGCAGCAGAGGGUGCAAGGUCUGUCUGCAACGCAGGAUCAAGUGCGAUGAAGUAUCUCCAGAAUGCGGGCAAUGCUUGCGGGCGGGAAAGCAGUGCCCUGGCCCUCUGGUCGGCCCCAUCCUCCUAGAGAUGGGGGCUCAAGCUGCAAGGCGAACCAAACGCCCAUCUCCUCACGAUCCAGACCCCAAGGAUAAGGAGGGACCUGAGAGGAGAAGAUCUCCCGCAAGAGCCGCACUCCGAGAGCGCCACAAAGGGGGAUCCCCCGAGGGUCACGUUGCCCAGACUGAUAUCAUCACCAGUCCCCUUCCACAAGUAUCUACGCCCGAACAUAUCUCCUCCACAGACCCCGUCAACCUCGUCAACUCUGACAAUGAUGGCCCCUCAGACUGCGAUAGGGCUAUGUGGCGUAUGCCCUCCCUCUACAAUCCUCCCCGAUGUGACAUCUUCCAGCAACACUUCCUUGCGCAUUUCAUCUCCUCCUUCGGCAAGAACCACCCCGGAAACAUGCAGCGGACAUGGAUGCAUGAGCUCCCUCUCGUCCUUAAUACGCACCCUUCUUCUUCCGUCAACUACGCUAUCCGCGCCGCCACUAUGGCCUUCUAUGGCAGUCUUGUCAAUGACGAGAGCAUCCAGAUAGAGGCGUGCAAGUGGUAUGCUCGCGGAUUGGUAGGUCAGAGGAGUCAGAUUUCGGGGUUAGAGGCUGGAUUAACGGGGUCAGCGGACCCAGGAGGUGCUGCCGUUGCAGAGGUUAACAUCCCUAGUGAGGAGGCCAUCUGCACAUCGAUUAUGCUUGGAUAUUUCGAGAUCUCAUGCUCUACGACACCCCUCGGCUGGUUCCAACAUAUCCAAGGUGCAGCAAGGUUGCUGGAGAUGAGAGGGCCGCAAAACUGCCAGAUAGGGAUCGCUCACCGAAUGUUCCGGACAGUGAGAUUAAAUAUGGUCUACGACUCGAUCGAGAAGCGAACCCCCUCCAUCUUCGCCUCCAGUGCCUGGUGCGUAAUCCCCUUCUCUGUCCACCCCAAAACUCUUCCGGACACUGUCAUCGAUGUCCUCAUGGCCAUUCCCGACUGCAUGGCUCUCUACGACCGUCUCGCAGCCGAUAAAUGCCAAAGCCCUCAACUUGCACGCAUGCUUGGUGUUCGCAUUUCUACCCUUCUCAGAACCCUCUCUGAAUUCUGGACUGCCUACCAGGAUUUUAUGGGUCAUCACGCAGCAGAUCCAAGUUUGAAGGCACAGAGGCAACCUCACGAGGAGGGGCUCCAUGAUGGCAGUUUCGUGGCAACGACCAUUGCACGAUACCACGCCGCCAACGCAAUCCUCUACUCCUUGUUACAGGACCUCCAGCGUAUCUUCCCAUCACUAGCCAUCCCACCUCCUGAAGCCCCUCAACCGGCCAUACACCGGACAAUCCUCGACACAGCCGAGCUCUCUGCAAGAGUCAAAGCACACUCCACCGCUGUUCUCUCGGUUCUUGAGUUUCUCCGGCCCGGGCUCGCAGAGAACGCUAGUCUCCUGCAGAUGGUCUUCCCGCUGCUGAUCGUCAACCCACUCAGCUGGCAGGAGGACCAGCGUGAGCGAGUUGAACGAGGUCUGGCCAAAUUAGGGUGGGGUGGUGCUGUUAGGAAGAGUAUUUCUGGCUCUGGAAAUAGCACCGCACGAACGGAACUACUGAGCGAGGCUAGUACGUGGUAUAUUAACAGUGAAGUAUCGAAUGUGUGUGUGGAUAGACUCAACGAGGGAAGUGGAUAG